AGGGGGGGGCGGCCAGGGACGGGCUGGGGAGGGGGGGCCGCGCAGCCCCCCCGGGCUAUGCUGACUCCCGGGGCCUGACCCCCCCGGGCCAGCCCCCCCUCCCCCAGCUCCGCGGCCCACCGACUGGGGGGGGCCCAGCCCAGCCCCCUGGGGACCCCCGGAGAGGUUGGGGGCAGCCGGGGGGGCCGGAACGGAGCAGUCGCCGGCCCCCACCGGAGAGACGGGGCGACCGGCCGCAGGGGGGGCGGCCGGGGGACCGGUCGGGCCGGGACCAAGGGCACCAUGUCGACCGGGGGCAAGGAGGGGGGCGGGGGCUCCCCCGCCUACCACCUCCCGCACCCACACCCACACCCACCCCAGCACGCCCAAUAUGUGGGUCCCUAUCGGCUGGAGAAGACGCUGGGCAAAGGACAGACAGGUCUGGUUAAACUUGGGGUCCACUGCAUCACGGGCCAGAAGGUCGCCAUCAAGAUCGUGAACCGGGAGAAGCUGUCGGAGUCGGUGCUGAUGAAGGUGGAGCGGGAGAUCGCCAUCCUGAAGCUUAUUGAACACCCACAUGUCCUCAAGCUCCACGACGUCUACGAGAACAAGAAAUAUUUGUACCUGGUUCUGGAGCACGUGUCUGGAGGUGAGCUCUUCGACUACCUGGUCAAGAAAGGGAGACUGACCCCCAAGGAGGCACGGAAGUUCUUCCGCCAGAUCGUGUCAGCGCUGGACUUCUGCCAUAGCUACUCCAUCUGUCACAGAGACCUGAAGCCAGAGAACCUGCUGCUGGACGAGAAGAACAACAUCCGCAUCGCGGACUUCGGCAUGGCGUCCCUGCAGGUGGGGGACAGCCUCCUGGAGACCAGCUGUGGGUCCCCACACUAUGCAUGUCCGGAGGUGAUUAAGGGGGAAAAAUACGAUGGCCGCCGGGCAGACAUGUGGAGCUGCGGAGUCAUCCUCUUCGCCCUGCUUGUGGGGGCUCUGCCCUUCGAUGACGACAACCUCCGCCAGCUGCUGGAGAAGGUGAAACGGGGCGUCUUCCACAUGCCCCACUUCAUUCCUCCAGACUGCCAGAGCCUCCUGAGGGGGAUGAUCGAAGUGGAGCCCGAGAAGAGGCUCAGCCUGGAGCAAAUUCAGAAACAUCCCUGGUACCUUGGCGGGAAACACGAGCCGGACCCUUGUUUGGAGCCAGCCCCGGGCCGCCGGGUGGCCAUGCGGAGCCUGCCAUCAAACGGAGAGUUAGACCCUGAUGUCCUGGAGAGCAUGGCUUCGCUGGGCUGCUUCAGGGACCGCGAGCGGCUGCACCGCGAGCUGCGCAGCGAGGAGGAGAACCAAGAAAAGAUGAUAUAUUAUCUGCUUUUGGAUCGGAAGGAGCGGUAUCCCAGCUGUGAGGACCAGGAUCUGCCUCCCCGGAAUGAUGUUGACCCACCUCGGAAGCGUGUGGAUUCCCCCAUGCUGAGCCGUCACGGGAAGCGGCGGCCAGAACGGAAGUCCAUGGAAGUCCUGAGCAUCACGGAUGCUGGGGGUGGCGGCUCCCCGGUGCCCACCCGACGAGCUCUGGAGAUGGCCCAGCACAGUCAGAGAUCCCGUAGUGUCAGUGGAGCCUCCACUGGUCUGUCCUCCAGCCCACUGAGCAGCCCAAGGAGUCCGGUCUUUUCCUUCUCACCGGAGCCCGGGGCUGGAGAUGAGGCUCGGGGAGGGGGCUCACCGACUUCCAAAACUCAGACGCUGCCUUCUCGGGGCCCCAGGGGUGGGGGCGCCGGGGAACAGCCCCCGCCCCCCAGUGCCCGCUCCACACCCCUGCCCGGACCCCCAGGCUCCCCACGCUCCUCCGGGGGGACCCCCUUGCACUCGCCCCUGCACACACCCCGGGCCAGCCCCACUGGGACCCCAGGAACAACACCGCCUCCCAGCCCCGGCGGUGGCGUCGGGGGAGCCGCCUGGAGGAGUCGUCUCAACUCCAUCCGCAACAGCUUCCUGGGCUCCCCUCGCUUUCACCGGCGCAAGAUGCAGGUCCCCACUGCCGAGGAGAUGUCCAGUUUGACGCCAGAGUCCUCUCCAGAGCUGGCAAAACGCUCUUGGUUCGGGAACUUCAUCUCCUUGGACAAAGAAGAACAAAUAUUCCUCGUGCUAAAGGACAAACCUCUUAGCAGCAUCAAAGCGGACAUUGUCCAUGCCUUCCUGUCGAUCCCCAGCCUGAGUCACAGUGUGCUGUCACAGACCAGCUUCAGGGCUGAGUACAAGGCCAGCGGUGGCCCCUCCGUCUUCCAGAAGCCUGUCCGCUUCCAGGUGGACAUUAGCUCCUCUGAGGGUCCAGAGCCCUCCCCACGGCGGGACGGCAGCGGUGGUGGCGGCUUCUACUCCGUCACCUUUACUCUCAUCUCCGGGCCCAGCCGGCGGUUCAAGCGGGUUGUGGAGACCAUCCAGGCACAGCUGCUGAGCACCCAUGACCAGCCCUCUGUGCAGGCCCUGGCAGACGAGAAGAACGGCACCCAGACCCGGCCUGCCGGUGCCCCACCCCGGCCUGCCGGUACUCCACCCCGAAGCCUGCAGCCCCCGCCUGGCCGCCCGGACCCAGAGCUGACCAGUUCUCCCCGCCGAGGUCCCCCUAAGGACAAGAAGCUCUUGGCCACCAACGGGACACCCCUGCCCUGA